ACUAUUAUUUUUUAGACGACCGCCGAUAGCGUUGUACGCAGUGUACGAGUCGAUCCGAGUACGCCGUACAGCGCGUUCGAAUUUCGUGUUUUCCGCCGACCGCGUGUGUGUCCUCGCCACUCUUUCCCUCUCUACUGCAACCGCGCGCACAGCUUCAUUCGCCGCCUUUGGCUCUCGUUCGGUAGUAUCGAUUUUUCGUGUCCGAUAUUCAGCCGCGUCGGCGAAUCGCGAUUCAUCUACGUCGCACAGCCCACAGGCGCGCGCUUUGCACACACACCGACCGGCAGCUGUAGCGGCACGUCCGACGCGGACCACCACUCGUCAAUCGUCGUCCACUGAGCGCUCACACACGUCGUCGUUACUGUUAAGCUUCAAAUAUUUUUCGCAGCCACAUGGAGGAUCUCAUCGGUGGUUUGUCGUCGUCCAGCGACGAUGACUCUGGACCCAUCGUCAUCAUGCCGCCAUCGUUUCACCGAGGCAUCGCAUCCGACGACGUAAUCGAGAACCACCAUCCCCGCAUUAUAACCGACAGUUUGGACAAUGACCUGCUCGAAAACCACCGUCGCCACUUCAUCAUACCGAAUUGCUUAGACGAACUGAUCGAUCUGCCGUCAAUCGAUAACCAAAGACGCCGCACCAUGACGGAUGGCCUGAACGACAACACGAGUAUGCCGGUAAUCGAUAACCCUAUCAACCACCGCCGUCGCCGCAACAACCAUAGCCGCAACAACCAGCGCACCGAUUUCAUUGAAAUAAGACCGACCCCCCAGGAAGAUGAUGAAUAUAUUCGUCCCAUUCGGCAAGUGAAAACCGUCAAGGAUAUGUUACGUUGGACUCACAACUUGUCGAGUGGCGUUAUACCGACGUCCGACCGUCAUUCGGUCGACCCGAACAGUUUUGACGAGGAAAGAAAGAAAUUUCUGUCAAAUGUCUUUUCGACCAUGUCAGUUAAUGUACAAGAGGAAAUGAACAAUGCCAUCAACAUUUUGCAUGACAAUAACAAACAAUUGAGUGACUAUGACAUGGCGUUUGAUAUUAUUGCUGAAUAUGUUGACAAUAUUGAUUAUGCUAAUGAUUUUGAAAAGCUUGGUGGUUUCCAUAUCUUUUUACCGUGCUUGCGUUCCGAACAUCCAACCGUGCGCAUAAAAACGUGCGAAUUGAUUACUACAUUGGUUCAAAAUAAUCCAUACUGCCAGGAAAAAUUGAUGGAAAAUAUAAAUUAUCUUAGAGCAUUGAUAUCUUUGGUGGAAAAUGAUCCGGACGAUGAAGUGCGCGUCAAGGCACUAACUGCGAUUUCCAGUCUUGUUCGUAAUAGCGUAACUGUGUUUUGGAAAUUCAUUGAACUUGGAGGUAAAGAUUUGAUUAUCAAUGUAUUGAAAGCAUCCAAUUCUAAAUUGCAGAUUAAAGCGGUAUUCAUCAUUUGCUCAACUUGUCAAAUGGGUAAUGAUGUAGCAGAAAUGUAUAUUGAUAAUGGCAUUGUUGAAUUGAUUAGUUCAAUAAUCAUGGUCAUGGGAAAAAAAUAUGGUAUAUUUCAUCAUGAAUUGUUUUUAUCAACAUUGAAUCAACUUCUCCGUAUGUCACCAGUCAGAGUCAAAGAAAUAUGCUCUUCGUUAGAGGAUUUUAAGCAAUCAUUGACAUCAUUAAAAGAUAUUACAUAUUCAGAUCCAGAUGAAUCUAGAUAUCAGGAAGAAAAGGAUCAAGUUGUGUUGUUGAUGGAAACUUUAGCAUUGUGAAAGGAUAAAGCGGCACAUUUCAUUUUACUUAAUAUAUUAUAAUAUAAUGUUUUCUUAUCUGUAAUUGCUUUUAAAAGAAAUUAAAUCUAUGGUUCGUAAUGCUAUUAA